ACAAAACAAUUGUAGUACACCAAGUUAAUUACUACAGAGGCAAAGCGCGUAGUAUAGGAAUACUGUGCUUGUCUGUUUGUUCCAUGUGACAUAUCCCAUCACCUCUACUUUGGCAUUAAAGUCUCCUACCUUGCUCCAACUUCCCCUUUUCACACACACUAAAAAGUCCAUUUAUUAAUCUAUCACUCUUUUUAAUGCUUCCCUUCUCCACUUAACUUUUUUAUCAUCUUGUCUAAAAUUCAGAUCCAAUCUUGGAGAAGCCUCAUUAGAUCUCCAGAACAAGAGUGAAUCAUAGAUUUCAAUACAUAUGGCUCCACUUCCACAUUUCUGCAGCUUUACUAAGGUACUUUUAGUACUUUGUCUUGUUUUUGUGUUAUUCACUCUUUCAUUCAUUCCUGCACAUAGUGAGAAUAAUAAUGUUAGAAGCAGAAGAAUGUUGGAGCUAGAGAAUGAAUCAAAGCCAAUUAAGAAGAAGACCAGCACAACUUCAACUUCACUUUCUACUUCCAAGAACCAAACCAAACUCCUCAAAUCAACUACUAGCUCUUCUAAGAAUCAAACCAAGCAAAUGGAGACUUCUUCUAGCUUUGGUUCUAGCAAGAACCAAACAAAGCUUUCAAAAUCAAAACUUCCCUUUUCUGAUUCACAAACCAAGAAUAAAACCAAGUCCAGUUCCAAUCCUAGUUCUACCAUUACCAAAUCAGAGAAACUUACUUUCAAAUCCCAGCUCCAAAAGCUUAAUCUCACUCCCUCCAAGCCCUCAAAUUCAACCAAAAUCACUUCUUCCACCCCCAAGAAGUCCUCAGAUCUACCCAAAAUCAGUUCAAGCUCUUCUCCCAAGAACAAAACAACCAAAUCCACUAAAACCCAAUUGGAAGAAGGCCUCAAAGAGUCCAAUUCCAAAACUCCAAUUAAAAAUCAGUCCACAGACAGAACAACCAAAACCACUAAAACCCAAUUGAAAAAAGACACCAGUGAAUCCAAAUCCAACACCCCAAUUAGUAAAACCCAAACCCCCGCAGUCAAGACAACCCAGAAAAAAUCAGAGUAUAGCUGGCUUGAAGAUGACUUAAUUUCUGGAUUCAGAGACUUACCCUCCAAAUUUCAAGAAACCCUUUUACCAGAUUUGGAGAGAAUUUCCAAGACCUCACAGGUUUACCUAAACAAAGCAAACAAAGAAAUCACUAAGAACUUCAAACCUUAUGUGGGAAACAAAUAUGCACCAACAAUUGCCUCUCUAAUCUCAUUUGCAUUCAUCUUAAUCCCUCUCAUUCUUGUUUCUCUCAUUUUCAAUAAAAUUAAAGCCUAUUUCUCACUCCAAAAGCUCUUGAUCUUCAUCCAAGUUUACCUCUCCAUUUACUUCUCCAUCCUCUGCCUUUCCUCUUUAGUCACUGGCUUAGAGCCAUUGAAGUUUUUCUAUGCUACUGCACAGUCCACCUACAUUUGCUUACAGCUGUUGCAAACUCUUGCUUAUGUGUUGUACCUGUUGAUGCUCCUCAUGUAUCUCAUCUUAGUGUUUUCCACUGAGACUGGGCCUACAACAAAGCUCAUAGGCUUGGCCCAGACAAUUUUGGGCUUUGCUGUUGGCCUUCAUUAUUACAUGACAGUGUUUCAUAGGGCUGUACUCCACCAACCACCUAAGACUAGUUGGAGGGUUCAUGCAAUUUAUGCUACUUUUUUCCUUCUCAUUUGCCUCUCAAGUAGUGCAGAUAGAAGGAAGAAAGCUUAUUUAGUAGAAGGUGGUGAAGUUGAGAAAAGGAGCUAAAAAUUUUGUCUACUCUCUGUUUUUUUUUUAAACUUAAUGGUCUAUAGUUUCUACCCCAGAUGGCAAAAACAAAAAAGGGGGAGAAAGAAGAUUUUCGUUGUUCAAACAUGUUCUUUAUAUAUAUAUAUGUAUGUAUAUUUCUUGCAAUUUGUAAUUUAUUAAGAUAUUAAUAAAUUAUUAUGGAAUUCAUUUCAUGCUUUGCUUUUACAUAUAAGCACUUCCUUU